UAUUGGAGUUAUGACGCAUACUUAAAAAAUAGAAAACGAAAUAAAGGAGUAAUACAUACUAUUUGCAAAAACCUUUGUCAUUGAAUCAUAUUUUCAUUUGGCUUAGUUUUUUUUUAUUAAUUCUUUUUUAUUCAAUUCACGUAAAACAUAUUCAAAAAAAUUGCGAUUUAAGUUUGUGUUGUGAACGACAAAAAAGAAUUGUGCAAAUAGUUGGAAGUGAAAGAAAAUAGAUUUUAACAAUAGAAAUAAUUUGCGUGUGAUUUGUGUUGUGGGUGCAAGAACAAAAACAACGUCAACAUGAGUUUCUUUGCUAAAAUGUUUGGUGGUAAAAAGGAGACCACAAUGACCACCGGUGAAGCCAUUCAGAAUUUACGCGAAACAGAAAAUAUGCUGAUUAAAAAGCAGGAAUUUUUAGAGAAGAAAAUCGAACAAGAGAUAGAAACAGCAAAGAAACAUGGAACCAAAAACAAAAGAGCUGCCAUUCAAGCAUUGAAGCGGAAGAAGAGAUUCGAGAAGUCACUUCAACAAAUCGAUGGAACUCUUUCAACGAUCGAAAUGCAACGUGAAGCCCUUGAGGGAGCCAACACAAAUACAGCCGUUUUGACCAAUAUGAAGAGUGCUGCCGAUGCACUCAAAGCAGCACAUCAACACAUGGAUGUCGACCAAGUACACGAUAUGAUGGACGAUAUUGCCGAACAACAGGACGUGGCUAAAGAAAUUUCGGAUGCUAUUUCCAAUCCAGUUGCUUUCGGCCAAGACGUCGACGAAGACGAAUUGGAGAAGGAACUUGAAGAACUAGAGCAAGAAGAAUUGGACAAAGAUCUGUUGGGCGUUGGUACAAGUACACAUGAACUACCAGAAGUGCCUACUGGCGAUAUUAAAGAACCAGCUGCGGCUAGCAAAGAAAAGAAAAAGGUUCCAGCUAAACCAGCUGAAGACGAUGAAGAUAUGAAAUUGCUUAUGUCAUGGGCUAACUAAACUGCCAGCAGCACACAUUUUAAUAUCUACCCGAUUCAAUAUCGACCGCAACUAUAAAAUAUGUAUUUUAUCGGUUUUUUGCUUUUGUAAAAAUUUAAAAUUAUAACAAAACCAAUUUAUUUACAAUAAAGUAUGGUCAAUAGAAGAAAAAAAUUCCAAUGAUUUAACACGAUUGUAAUGCAAAUCUUAUACCUACAUAUUCAAUGCUAUAAGUAAUCUUGUAAAACAAAUCAACAUUUUUUUAAAAAAACAAAUAAAUUACUUUAAAAUGUUAAGUACAA